UGAAACCAUUCUAGCCAUACGUAAUUUCAUUCAUUUGAUUUGUCCUUUUCAGUAAUCAGGUUAAGAAACUGGUGUCAACUAUAUGUUGGUUUCAAGGACCUAAAUAUGAGUCUUCAGUUUCCAUUUUUAUCAUAGAGUACAUGAUAGAAGGGAAAGUCAGUUAGCAAGUAAGAAAUCCCAGGGAAAAUGUAAAUCUUAUUUGAUGAUUUCUAUUGUUAAGAUAAUAUUGAACAUAAUGAGAAAGAGAGGGGUACCUUCUUAUUGUAUGUUUCUAGAAAAAAGUAUUUCUUUAUGAGUUGGGAGUGUCCUACAACAAUGUAUACUAGUUUGGAAGCUACCGUUAGAAGAAGGAACAGCGUGUCCCCUACUGGCACCAAAGCGAAUCUGCAGUUAAAUUUAAUUGGACUUGGUCAGAUUUAUCACACCCUGCAUUUUUUUCCUGCAGUAUUUCUGUAUGAAAUUUUACUUCUCCUUUCUCUCCCUCAAAGAGGGGGAAAAUAUAUCAAAACUGUUUCAAGGGGCAUACUCUCAAGCUUAAUUUCUCCAUAGAUGAAAUUUGUUCAACUAAGAUUUUAACUUAAUAGACACAUUUAAUUUUUGUUUAUAUUUGUGUAUCUCCAACACACUGUAUCAAUCAAAGCAGAGAACAAUAAAAGAGAUGAAGUUGCAGAAACAAGGCUGUGGUCAGGCUUAUACUUAAGAAGACACGAACAGUGUUACGAUGACAAAAACUAUUUCUCCAUUUCUGGAAGCCCCUCAUAGUCCACAAUUAGAGAUGCACAAUUCAGAACGCCCUAAUGAUGGGAAUGUUCAAGUUUACUUAAGAGAGAGAAUUAAAAACAAAACAGGAUGCAGACCUCCCUGCCUCUGUUGGAGUUGUCCAUGGAACAUUAACUAGUGUCUCCUUAGCAUAUGAAUGUUGACUUUCCAGAACAGUUUGGGAAAUGCUACUUGAAAAUAUUAGUAUCCUUAUCAUCAAUUUUAGUUUUCUGUCUUAAAAAUAUAAUUAGCUUAUAAAUUUAAUUUCAUUAUUAAUGUGCAAGGCUUUUUAUUUUUUAGCUGUUUAAAUGAUCAGUAACUUCUAACUUUAAUUAAAAACAACCAGUUCACAAUCAUAAUAAUGUAACUUUCUUAUAAUAUUAGUUUUGGUCAACUUGUGUUUCAACAAAAACUGAGCCCCAUUGCUCUUUAAAGUCCUGAGUUUUGGCACUUCUCUCGAAAUCAGUGUUUUUAUUCAGCGAAGACACUAAAUCUGUGGGUUAAAAAACUACUCUCACUGUGGCUAGACUCACAACUUCUUUUCAAUUCAAAAGAGCCUGAUGUUCCAGUAUAUAAUUCAGAAGUAGUUUUAAAGAUGAGUAGGUUUCAUGCUUUUUAUUCUCAACCUAGUCUUAAUAUUUGGAAAUACAGUAAAUUUUUCUCUGAUUAAGUUUUAAAAAUGACCAUUCAGCACAUUCAUUAUUGGUGAAAUAAAGGUUUACUGAGAAAAUUAGGGCAAAUUGGCUUUUAGGAAUGAUUUUGAAAAGUACCAUGGGAUUAGUUUUCAGUGGGGUAGGUGAGCCUUAUUAGAAUCACCUGUGCAACUUUUUCAAGAUAUUCAUGUAUAUCUCUGAACACAUGAAUUCCACCUUUCCUCUCUGCCUCCAAGACACAGAGUCUGUGGGUCUGUCUGGCUCUCUGUCCCUCUGUCUCUUUCUCACACACACACACACACACACACACACACCCUUUUGACAAGCUGGGGAAUGAUGUGUGAGGCAUGAUUUUAUAGACAAAAGUAUCCUGAGAGAUUCUGAUCUUAACCCUAACUCACUCAUUCCUAAACUUGGCUGCACGUUGCAGUCACCUGGGGAGCUUUAAAUCCUGUUGCCCAGGUCGUACCUAAUGGAGUUAAAUCAGAGCAUUUUGAAGCAGAAGCCAGGCAGUGUUUAAAGCGCCGGGUGAUCCCAGUAUGCAGCUGAGCUUGGGAACCACUCUCUGCUUCAAGGGUAGGAGAAAGAGAACUACUUCUGAUAAUUGGUGGGACCUUGAUGUGACCUUAGCAAUAUAUUACCACAUAAAGAACAGAGAUGCCAAUAGAUCCUUGGAUAUUUUUGAUGAGAGAUCACAUCCACUCACACGAGAAAAGGUUCCAGAGGAGUACUUUAAGCAUGACCCUGAACACAAAUUCAUUUACAGAUUUGUUCGUACUCUUUUCAGUGCCGCACAGCUGACUGCCGAAUGUGCAAUAGUGACUUUGGUUUACUUAGAAAGGCUUUUAACUUAUGCUGAGAUCGACAUUUGCCCCACUAACUGGAAAAGAAUUGUUUUGGGAGCCAUUCUUCUUGCCUCCAAGGUUUGGGACGAUCAGGCUGUUUGGAAUGUGGACUACUGCCAGAUCCUCAAGGACAUUACAGUUGAGGACAUGAAUGAGAUGGAAAGGCACUUUCUGGAGCUCCUUCAGUUUAAUAUUAAUGUUCCCGCCAGUGUUUAUGCCAAAUACUACUUUGACCUUCGCUCCUUAGCAGAUGACAACAACCUGAAUUUUCUAUUUGCUCCUCUUAGCAAAGAAAGAGCACAGAACCUAGAGGCCAUCUCCAGAUUGUGUGAAGACAAAUACAAAGACUUGUGCAGAGUUGCUGUGAGAAGGUCUUUCAGCGCUGAGAAUUUCAUUGGUAUUCAGCGCUCCAACGCCAUCCUCUCAUAAACAGAGAGAGGUGAGGGGUUGUAACACCAUGAACCCCUCGUAACAAGGACUGGAGAAAUACCACCUCUCCUGCUCAGAAACCAGCAGUUAGUAUUUUCACCUAACAGAAAGACACUGAAUUCAAGAGACUCAUGGACAGCAAGGAUUAUGGUCAUAGGAAAAAACUGGACUUGUCAAUGCAACACACUCUUCUGUCCUUUUUAAUGUAAACAGAGUUACAAAAACCACUCCAAAGCGAAAAGCUCCCAACCCACCCACAGAUAUUUGCUUACUAUGUAGGCCAAUAACUGUGAGCUAUGUGAGGUUUUUUUUAAUUAAUAGUUUAAAUUUUUAGACUUUAAAGACACUAACUAUAUAACUUACUUUUUCCUAUUUUUCUCGCCCAUAUUGCUGCAUAUUCCUUUAGAAUCAAUGCAGUAUUACUAUUCGAACAUGGGACUCCUAACAACUCAUAAAGCCACUUAGGAACAGACUGUUGUAGCAUUGUUAGGUUUUGAAGGAUUCUUCCUCCCUACUAUUUCAUUGAAGCUGCUAGUCAUUUUUGGCAAUCAGUUUAAACCAAAAAGCUGCUGAAUAACACUUGUCAUUCAGAUUUUUUGCAAACACUACUUAUUAGCAUAUUAGCAUGUUUGGGAUCAUAAGCAGAGAAAGUAUGUUGUUACCUACUUCUGUUGGGUCCAUGCUGCGUGUCUUGUUAACUCUAAUGGUGCUUCUCAUUUUCUGAUGAUUUUCCUCUUUGUUAAAUACUUGUAUUAAAGGAUAUUUUCAUAAUUCCAGCCAACCUGUUAGUCCAGGAAUAAGCAGAUAGUGAAAUAGAAGGUGUCCCAAAAGUCUUGGUGCAAUUUUAAGCUUUAAUACAGUGUGCUUGGACAUUCCAGGACACUGCCGCAGAAGUAUAAAUGCUAUAGACACAAAGCAUCACUUGAAAGUUUACUUGAAUUUCUUCUAAACUAAUUUAAUUUUGUAAAUCUUAGAUGUUAAGCUUUUAAUUUUAAUUUUUUGUUUCAGCCCCUCUUGAAGAUGGCAAACAAUGGGCUGAAACAAAAAAUUAAAAUUAAGAGCUUAAUGUUUAAAAUUUACAAAAAUUAAUGAAUUUAGAAGAAAUUCAAGUAAACUCUCAGGUGAUGUUUUGUAAGUUUGUAGCAUUUAUACUUCUACAAGUAUCAGAGCUUCAAAUUGCACACAGACUUCAGGAGGAUAUCUGUGUCUUUAUAGACCUGGCGCCUCUUUUUAAAAUAGUCCUUUGGGUGGGCUGUUUAUCUGCUUGAGCACCGAAGUUUCUUUUUUCUAGAUUUGGUAAAGGAAUUAUGAACAACAGCAUUAAUUCUCCUGUAAUAAAUUGAAAGGAAUUGGACCCUAAUAGUACUCUUGCCUG